GGUGAUGCGCAUCCUUACACGACCUUAUGGAACGUGUCUACCCUUGUGGAGAUGGGAGCGGGGGAGGACCAAAACCGUGCAUUGUGCUACAUGCUCUGGAUGUGGUUCUCAGUGUACACUCCCAGGGAGGAGCCAUUGUUAUUCUCACUUUACACAGCAAACGGAGCUCAGAAAGGGGAGAUCCUUUACCUAAGGUUGUAAGCUUAGUAACAGAUGAACCAGCCUCCAGCCUAGGUCCACCCACUGGCCAGCAUGGGUGCUGCGUGUGUAUCUGCCCACUUGUGAGGCUACCAGAGCCCUCAUGGCAUCAGGCUCCAGUUGUCCAUCACCCUCUAUAUAAGACACACACAAUAGCACUGUGUGCCAGCAAGUCAUGCAGUGGAGGCUGCUUGUCUCGUGUUUGCUGGGAGGAGAGAUGACUGCUAUGGGUAGGGGUCUGCAGGGUGGAGGGGUGGCCGAGAUGCACAGGGGUCCCUUGUAUGUCUUGUCUGACACGUGGGGCCUUGCUGAGCCUGGGGGCUCAUUUUGGGUGUAUGGGAGAGGUAUGGUUCGCCUUGAAGGUCCCUGGGCACCUGGACUAGUGGAGGCAGGCUCCUGGAUGGCUCACUCUCCAGGUAGAUAGUCCAGGCAGGCCCACGUGGAUCACUCCACCCCUUCCCAUGGCUGAGGGCUGCCCCCUCUAAAUAUAGCCCUUUGGGCUGAGCUCAGGCCUAUUUUAGGCCAAGGCUGGGAGGCAGCCAGACCUUCCCCGGGCUCUCAAAGGAGCCACUGCUGUCUUUGUCCAGUCCUGCUACUGGAUGCCAUCAUCGGCCCCUGACUGCCCACUGCUUGCCAUGCCUGAGGAGACCCAAGAAGACUCCAUGGCACCAGUGAUGCCCAGCCAGAGGAGCAGUGGGGCACUGGCCCCCAACCACGUGCAGGAGGUGCGCCUGCACCGUGUGGAGUCCAUCAGCGACCUACACAGCGGAGCAGGCACACUGCGCCCCUAUCUGACUGAAGAGGUACGGCCAUGGGAUGAGCUGCUGGGUGUUUUGCCGCCGUCGCUGUGUGCCCAGGCUGGCUGCAGUCCUGUGUACAGACGAGGGUUCCUGCUGCUGCUCACGCUGCUGGUGCUCACCUGCCUGGCACUCGCACUCCUGGCUGUCUACCUGAGCGUGCUGCAGAGUGAAUCCCUACGCAUCCUGGCACACACACUGCACACGCAGGAGGAGACGCUACUCAAACUCCGCCUGGCCAGCCUCAGCCAGCUUCGGAGGCUCAACUCCAGUGAGGCCCAAGCAGCACCCUGCUGAUGCCACUUGGAUCUGGGGCCUGGGGGUGUGUGUUGGGAGGAAUAAAGUGGCUAUGGGCAGGUCUCUCCUUCCCUA